AUGGUCAUUCGAGCUUGUUCACGUUCUUGUAGGAUUUUCCAUACUUUACGGAUAUGUUCAGGAUGUUCCGCUCUAGUCUUCGGUAUAGUGGUCAUCGGUGGUCUCACUCGUCUUACCGAGUCAGGUUUAAGUAUAACCGAAUGGCAACCUAUCACAGGUAUACUCCCUCCUAUAGGUGAAGAUCAAUGGGAAGCGGAAUGGGAAAAAUAUAGAGUAUCACCAGAGGGAAUAUUGUAUAAUUCUCAGAUUGAUAUGGGAGAAUUUAAAAAGAUAUUUUAUAUGGAAUGGGGGCAUAGACUGGCUGGUCGUGUACUCGGUAUUGCUUUCAUCGUACCUACCCUAUACUAUCUCUCUCGCUAUCGUCUCCCCCGUUCUCUUCAGACAAAACUCCUCGCUAUCGGUCUCGGUAUAGGUUUUCAAGGAGCACUAGGAUGGUACAUGGUUCAAUCCGGUCUCAAACCCGAAAUCAUCGAGGAUAAAGCUCCAGCUCGUGUAUCACAAUAUCGUCUAGCUGCUCAUUUCGGUGCUGCCCUAGCUCUCUAUAUCGGCAUGCUACAAACUGCUUUAGGAUUACGACAAGAUGUGAAACUUCAACGUCAACUCGACAAUAUCCCUAAAAUCAUGUCGAUGUUGAAAAUACCUCAAGUGAAAAGAUAUAAAAUGCUCGUUCAUUCUUCUCUCGGACUAGUCCUCUUGACUGCCAUAAGUGGAGCUUUCGUCGCUGGUUUAGAUGCGGGUUUGGUAUACAACGAAUUUCCGAUGAUGGGUGAAGGGUUAGCACCUCCCUUGGAUGAAUUGUUAGAUAAAAGAUACUCGAGAAGAGAAGAUGGUGGGGAUAGAUGGUGGAGGAACAUGUUGGAGAAUCCCGUAACCGCUCAAUUCGAUCAUAGAGUUUUGGCAACGACAACAUUUGGUCUCUUACUAUCUCUUCCUCUGAUGGCCCGACGGGGUACAUUAUCGACCAUACUGUCAAAAUCAACAAGACGAAUGGCCAUGUUGACCGCUGCGGCAGCCAUCACCCAGGUCACGUUAGGAAUCACCACACUCUUAUACCUCGUCCCUGUUCCUCUGGCGGCGUCUCAUCAAGCAGGUAGUGUGGUGCUGGUAACGUGUCUGGUGGGAUUGGCUAGCACCUUGCGAAGACCGAGUAGAGCUUUGAGAGCUCUGAUGACUGUCAGAAUCGUCAAACCAAACUAGCAUUGAUUACACGAAGAAACUUUAGCAUCACUCCUCAUGCAUUCCAUAGAAGGC